CAGCACCAACACGACCGGGGCCUGGGGCAGGAGACACAUCCUCUGUCACGCCCCCAUCCUGGAUCAGCAGAAGUUCCUGGAUGCCUACCCGCCAGAGAUGGCUGCAUUUCAUAGCAGUGGUCGCAUCAGCAAGGUGCUGACCGCGACCUACGAAAGCCUGAAGCCCAGGCGCAGCGGCGGCAGCAGCCGCAGCAGCCAGCGGGGCGGCAGCAGUGGCGGCCAGCGUGGCGGCAGCAGUGGCACCCAGCGUGGCGGCAGCAGUGGCGCCCAGCAUGGCAGCAGCAGCCCUAAGGCACUGAUUGGGUCGGUAACCCAUGGGUGACCCAUCGGUUACCCACCUUCAACCCCCCGUAGCCCAUUGGUAACCCCCUUACGCCUCCGCGCCAGGCUCUGCCAGCUGCAGGCUUGUGGCAAACGGCCGCUGAGGGGCGGCUGGACAGCCGGCGGGCCGGGACGGGGUUGGUUCGGUCGAGUCUUUUAGCCUAGUAGUGUGGCCUUGGGAGCUCAGAAGGGAUAGUGCUUGGUGUAGGGGGAAACUAGUCAGCUGAGCCUGCAGGGAUCUUCCCGGGUUCAGGAGGUAGCUACCUCUAUAGAUGUCGCCACAUGAGAGUCUGAGAGUUGUUCGAAGUUCUUUGGAUAGGUUUAUGUGUCAUGCGCGUGUUGCCCCGCUGAGGGCAUUGGUGGGCAGCACGAGGGGGGUAUAGUGGCCGUGGGGCUGGGGUUGUGUUUUUCUGCAGUGUAAGGACCCUUAGCAACUUGUUUCCGCCUUCCCAUAUCAACCAUCCAGGAGAACAGAAAUGAAGAGGCCACGCGUACGUUGGUAAUUUAAUUUAUCCCAGAAUCCCAGCCCAAAAUAACCGUCAUAGCUUAGAUUUGAACCUGAGUGGAAUCCGGAAGAGUUCAUUCUCUAUGGUAUCACUUCAGUAAAAAUAACUACAGCGGUUGAGGCAAGUCU